AUGUCAGUCGCGGGGGCCCAAGUAGAAUGGAAAUUAGACUCUUGGAGCAAGGACAGCACCAGGAAAUGGGGGUAUCCAGCCCCCAAGGCUAGAGGAAACCAAUGUUCCAACAACACCAGAUAUUGUUAUCCAACGAAUACUGCUUCUGGGAGUACAAGGUGGGGACAAAUGGAUGACUGGGCAAGCAGGAAGUUAUUGAAUGGUUCCACUUAUAAAUGGGACCAACAAGGGUUCAACGACAACGCCACAACGGGUCUGCAAAGCCAUAAUGCCUCUGAGCACAUCAGUUGGGGGGAUUUUAUACACAAAGUUUUGGAAAAAUUAAGUGUCCUACUCGUCUCAAGCAACGCCACAACUGCGAAUACCCUCCUUUGGACAAGAGAGGAGUGGCAGAGCUUUGAAGGAAAGCGAGAGGGAAAAAUGGCUCCCCUGGAUGAGGUUGAGUCAGGUAGGAGAAUAUUAUUCGUGAUAAUGUGUAUAAUAACGGGAUUGAUUGAGGGAAGAAAGAGGAGGGACCAGAUUUUUAAAAGGAGGGGACGGAUGUGUAGUACAGUCGAUAUGGCUCUGGAAUUCCCACGCAGCAAAUGGCAGGUGUGGAUAGAAGACGAAGAUAGUAGGAAGGGGAAUAAGCAAAUAGCGUGUUCAAGGAACAAUGGAUAUGACGGUUGUCAGGAGGCGUCAAUAGCAUUAAUCUUGAGUAUUUACUUUUCAAUGAAGGGAGUCUGCAACGAGUGUGGGCCUUAUAGAUUGACUUACUGGAUAAAGUCCGAUUUAGAUAAUGAGAGAGAAGCAGGGGGGAAAUAUUGUUAUUUUAACGGGGGAAGAGAAAUUUGUAAUGAUGAUGUCUCUACCAACCAGGAAGGAGGAAUUUUAAUAACAAGGGAGGGAGAAUUAGACGUGCUAGAUAGACCCAAAGUUGUAGAAGCUGCAGAUGUGUUAAGGAGUAAAAAUGAGGCCGAGGAAAAGAACAAUCAGGCCGUAGUUAUCUUAGCCGAAGGAUCGACAAAAUGCGUUGAUCGACAGGAUAAGGAAACAGCCUGUGGCUCCUAUGACGGACAUAUCGGGGCCACUUUGUCAGGGGAUCUUGGGGAAAAUUGUGAUAAGAAAACAGAAGGUGAAGAUUUAACGUUAAAGGAACCCUCGAGGACCCCUAUUCUCGCCAGCAGCCCGGAAGGUAAUAACAGUGAGGAGAAGUUGAGGAGUUUAGUCUCAAAUGGGGGAAGUUUGGAAAAUUUCUUGGGGAAAGAUUCAGACCAGGAACCCGGGGAGCUUACGACUUCAGAAAGUGGAGGCUGGACAAAUUCACAGGGCCCAGGGCAGGAAUCGGAAGGGGAGGAAUCAACAGUCGGGAAAUCGGCAGUCGAGGAAUCAGCAAACGAAGAAUCAACGGACGAGGACGCAGCAAGCGGGGGAUCAGCAAGCAACGGGGAUUUCGUUUCCGGAUUAAUGAGAAAUUGGCCGUUAAUGGCAGGAGUAGUUGUUGUAAUAUGUCUGAUAGUAGGCAGUGGUUAUGGUUUAUGGAGAAUCUUUAGGGGUGGGCCAAGGCCGAAGAGGCAAGGCAAGGAUCGGCGCGCCAGGAAAAGGUAUGCGGUGGCUUAUAGCUGA